GGAGGGCCGGCGGGCCAGGCCCGCCCAUCUCCAUGGUGACGCCGAGGCGCUUUCCGGCGGGAGGCGCAGGCGCGGGGCGCCGCGGGCCCAUGGAGGAGCCGGGCGGGAGCGCGGACAGCGGCGGCGCGGUGUAUCGGUCCCGCGACCCUGUGCGGAACCUGCGCAUCCGGGUCCACAUCCAGAGAGCCGCUUCCGCCAGCCUCCUCCUGCAGCAGCUGCAGCAGCCCGCUGGCCGGCGGGGCAAGGAGCUCAUUAGCCUGGCCACCUUCAGCUCCCGGCCAGCAGCAAGUGGCUAUUGUCCUGAUGAUGAAGAGAAGGCAGUGAUUGGCUGGCAAGAAAAACUCUUCAGCCAGUUUGAGGUGGAUCUAUAUCAACAUGAGUCAGCCUGUCAGACCCCCUUGGACCGGCAGUACCACCAGGAGAUCCUGAAGCUGGAGAAGUCAGGAGGCCGGAAGAACUACCGCAUCUUUACUUACACGGACCAUGACCGAUUCACCAACCUGGAGGAGCACUGUCAGAAAGUGACCAGCUCAGAGCAGGAGGUGCCAUCGUUCCUGGCAGAGAGGAUGGCCAAUUUAAGGAGAAGAAGGCAGGACCACAGGCCAGCGGAAGGAAGUGUUCUGAAGUCCCGAGUCAUCACCUGGGAGCCCUCAGAAGAAUUUAUUAAGAAUAACCACGUCAUCAGCACCCCUGUUCAGACCAUGUACAUCAUGGGAGACUUGGGACCAUAUGGGAUGCUCGGCCACAGGGAGUACGAACACAUCCUUUGCACAGUCAAGGUGGAUGGCAAUGGGGUGAUCACAAUGAAGCCUGAUUUCACGGGCACUAAAGGUGCUUACAGGAUUGAGCUGGAUGGCGAGAAUCGGGAGCUGUGGAGAUACACCAUUGAGAAUGCCUCAGCCCAGGUGCAGCGAGAGGAGGAGGAGCGGGAGCAGCGCAUGUUCAGAGAUUUUCAGUUGUAUAGUCGGCACAAGGAAUAUCUCAGUGGCCUUGUUGGCUCAGACUUUGAGAUGACUCUCCCUGGUGCACUUCGGCUGUUUGUGAAUGGAGAGAUAGUUUCAGCCCAGGGCUACGAGUAUGACCGUCUCUAUGUUCAUUUCUUCCUGGAGCUGCCCAGCCAUUGGUCAAGCCCAGCGUUCCAGCAGCUCUCUGGGGUGACGCAGACCUGUGCCACCAAGACCCUGGGCAGGGACAAUGUGGCAUACUUCUCCUACCCCUUUACUCUGGAGAUGUUUUUCACCCAAGAGGAUGAGUCAGAAGGCUCUCUUCCGCGGUGGCCUGUGGUCUAUUUUGAGGUUCUCUCGCUGGAUUAUUGGCAGAGGCAUCGUGUUGAAGGUUACGGCUCUGUGGUGUUGCCAGCAGCUCCAGGGUUCCACACCCUGACAGCCCCCACCUGGCGACCCAUUGAGCUGGGGACGGUCUCUGAGCUGAAGAGGUUUUUCAUUGGUGGGUCCCCUGAACUGGAGGACAUGACCUACAUCAGGGUGCCAGGAACCUUCAAAGGAGAGUGCCUGAGCCGCUUUGGCUUCCGCACAGAGGCGACAGGGAGCGUCACAUUCCGGCUCCACUGCCUGCAGCAGUCCAAGGCCUUCCUGGAGUCCAGUGCCCUGAGGAAGCGCAUGCAGAGUGUGCUGGACCGACUUGGGGGCUUCAGCCAGCAGAGCUCCCUCUACAAUGUCCUGGGUGAGGCUCCUUCCUGUCAGUCUCUACCAUGUGGAGAACCCACAGCUCAGCUUGUUCCUUGCAUAAGGAGUGGAGAAGCUAUCAUUCCCCAGAGGGCCCCUCUGACUCCCCCCUGCAUCUCCUCUCCUCCCUACAGGGGCUCCUUGUGCCUGACUUCAGCAGGGCAGAGGUUAAACCAUGAGACAGGGAGUUGCUGGAAAUGGCAAAGGAAUGUCAAGCAAGUGGCAGGAUGGAGUUUCUGUCUGAGCUAGCAAAGCUAGUGAAUUGUCUAUCCAGGGCCUAGCAGCACCUGGGACCCAGCAUGACUAGCUGUUCUGACACCAGCUCCCAAGAGGAGACUGCUCCCUGUCACAUGCUGAUGAAGUCGGAGCAGAUAGAACCCCCAGUGCUGAGAGUGGCUGGUCAAGUGUCCUCUGUAUAUUCCCAAUCUUUGGACUUGUGCCGAGGGUGCAGCAAAACAGUAAGUAGCAGUGCCCAUUAGGGUGCCCGUGUGCCCUCUCCCCCACUCAAGCGUGCUCUGAGAGUAUGGGUAUAAAAGGGGAGUGAUACUCGUUGCCACCUCAGUCCUCCUUCAUCCAACCACAACCGCAAAAGGACGUGAACCUCUUUGGGUCUCCUAGGUUCAUAGACUGUUAGUGCUCAUAAUUAGAUAGUUUUUAUCAUUAGUAGUUUUUUGAGUAAAUUAUAGGUUAGAUAAAAUCUUUUUAAUAUUCAAUAUGGUGGACCCUAGCGUGAAGAAACACGGGUUCAAACGCUGCAUGUCUUGCCAGUGGUCUUCCUGGCAUCCAUGUUCAUUGUCUAAAAUGCUGAGGUAAGAAUCAUUCACUAACAUGUUUUGCUACCUGUAGCACAUUCACACUUUGGGCCUGCAAGGAGAAACAAAAUAGACUUCAGGCUCUUCUAUUACAAAGAGGUCUUGUCAGUCAAGCUUCUGGAUAGUUCUAAA